AUGGAGUCUGCCGGAGCUUUCCCCAAUGGAGACUGGGAGUCCUCUUUUUCUAAGAUGUUUUCAGCUGAUAAUCAUGAUCAUGAUCAAGAUCAAGAUCUCGAGCUCAUACCUCAUUUUCUCGGUCAGUGUUCAUUUUUUCCUUCUAUUGACGACAUUAAUAAUGUUGAGGGAGCAUUAAGCUUUGGUCAUUCUCCAGCAGAUUACCAAAAUACGUCCCAAACUGAUGAUCAUGAAACCUUACUAUUUCACACCUUAGAUUCUCUCAACUCUACCCUUCAAUUCCUUUCUCAAGGUCACGAGAGUAGUUGUUACACCACUAGUACUACUUCUGGCAGUACCAGCGGCACCGUCUUCAUCAAUGCUCACCAUGAGAGUAAUAAUUAUAAUAUGAAUAGUUAUAACUACAGUAUUUCUUAUCAUAAUCAUAAUAUUAAUCAAGUUAACAAUGAUCUCUCCAUGCCCAUUUUUCUAAUGGACGAGAAGAACAUUAUUCAUAACGAGUCACCGUUUUCUGACACUGCAAUGGGAGAAACUGCUACUAUUGCUAUACACGAUGUUAUUCAGGAAGAUGACUCUGGUAAAAACGACAACGACAACGACGAGCCUCAGCAGCAGCAGCAAGAGACAAGUGUCGUUUCUGCUAAUAAGGAAUUGCCUGCCAAACGGAAGUACGACGUCGUUCCUGAUGAUACAAUUAAUAAGCUGAAUAAGAAGAAACCCCGGGUUUCAAGAAAUGUUCAAAAGGGUAUGAAAAUUUUGGAGUCAAAGAAGAGGGGCAGUACUCCAAAUGGGGAAGCGGAAGAGACGAGCAAUAUUAACGGAGUAGACCGCGGACAUAGUUCAAACAGUUACAGCUCAGAAGAAGACAAUGCUUCUCAGGAGAACAUUACUAACGGCGGGGAGGCUUCAGAAGUUAAAUCCUUAUCUGGCGCCGUUAACUUGAACGGAAAAACUAGAGCCAGUAGAGGGUCAGCCACUGAUCCCCAAAGUCUUUAUGCAAGGAAAAGAAGAGAAAGGAUUAAUGAAAGAUUGAGAAUAUUGCAGAACAUUGUACCCAAUGGAACAAAGGUUGACAUCAGCACAAUGUUGGAAGAGGCAGUCCAUUAUGUUAAGUUUUUGCAGCUUCAAAUCAAGCUAUUGAGCUCCGAUGAGAUGUGGAUGUACGCUCCCAUAGCUUACAACGGAAUUGAUAUUAUUGGCCUCAACAAGAAGUUUUCUCCAAUUGUAUGA